AUGUCCUUAAACAUUCGCAAUAUUCGCGUUCCUUAUCGUCAUGACAAAGAUACUUUCGACUCGAUAGAUUUGAAAUUCAAAGAACCACUUGCGCAAUUCAAAGUAUGGUUCACAGAAGCGGUUGAUUCUGGUAAAGUUUACGAAGCGAACGCUAUGGCUUUGGCGACUAGUACCAAAUCAGGGAUUCCCAGUGUUCGUUAUAUGCUUCUCAAAGACGUGGAUGAACGUGGAUUUCAUUUUUUCUCCAAUUACAACAGUCGCAAAGGUCGGGAAUUGGAUGAAAACCCCAAUGCGAGCUUGUUGUUCUACUGGGAAGCGCUAAACCGCCAGGUAAGACAUCUGUACACAGAGAGCAUGUUAUAUUCUCAGUACGUUUUUACCUUAGUAUAUCUUGUGGGCCUUUCCCAUUGGUUCAAGCGCUUUCUGUGUGCAUUAAAUAAUUACUAG